AUGGAACUCGACCGAGAACAUUUUCGCGCCAUAACUUAUUACAACUUUCAGAGACAAUUAUCGCAACAAGAAUGCCUUGCUGAGUUACUGUCUGUUUUCGGCAACGAAGCGCCACAUCAGUCGACAAUUUCCUGUUGCCUUAGCGACGAUCCCCGGGUGGGUGCUCCAAAAACGGCAGUCACCCAGGAAAACGUCGAUGCUGUGCGCAAACUCAUCAUUGAAGAUAGGCAUAAAACGCUUGACCGUUUCAAUUCCGGAAACUCAAUAUAUUCAGCUGUUUGGAUGUUCCAAGUUGAAGAAAAGCCAACAAAAGUUAUCCGUUCUCGAACGGGUCAUAUUGCAAACAUUCCUCUUAAUGAGCAAAGAACUGUUUCUGCGGAUUGGUAUACCACCAUUUGUUUGCCAAAAAUCAUCACCCAGAUUCGAAAAAUCAACCCCGAAAGAAGAAUCAUCCUCCAUCAAGACAAUGCAAGCUCGCACACAGCCCAAAAAACAAGGCACUAUUUAACAGAAGAAAACGUGGAAUUAUUGGACCAUCCUCCAUAUAGUCCCUAUCUAAGUCCUAACGAUUUCUUUACUUUCCCGAAAAUUAAAAACAGACUGCGUGGUCAAAGGUUCCAGUCACCAGAAGAAGCAGUUGACGCAUUCAAAAACGCCGUUUUGGAUCUGCCAGCAAACGAGUGGAAUAAGUGCUUCGAAAAUUGGUUCGAGCACAUGCAGAUGGGUAUUAAUCUUCGUGGCGAAUACUUCGAAAAACAAUAAAGUCAUUUAAAAC